AUGAGCACAAAGCCACGCCCCCUUGGACACGAGGCCACGCCCCUCAAGCUCUCACACCGCACUGUGCCCCCCCCGCUCAAGACGGAGGAGGACUACAUCCCAUACCCCAGUGUGCACGAGGUGCUGGGCCGGGAAGGGCCAUUCCCCCUCAUCCUGCUACCACAAUUUGGGGGCUACUGGAUCGAGGGCACCAACCACCAGCUGAGCGGGGCCCCCGAGCCCCCCCUGAACCCAGCACCCGGCACCCGUGUGCGGCUGGAGGGCAACCACACAGCCAAGAUCUACCGCAAGCAUUUCCUGGGCAAGGAACACUUCAACUACUACUCCCUGGAUCCCGCACUGGGCCACCUUGUCUUCUCCCUCAAAUAUGAUGAACAGGAGCACCUCCACCUGCUGCUGCGCACCCGAUCCCGCACCCUGCACGAUGUGGUGCCCAUCUCCUGCCUGGCCGAGUUCCCCAACGUGGUUCAGAUGGCCAAGCUCGUGUGUGAGGACAUCAAUGUGGACCGCUUCUAUCCUGUGCUCUACCCCAAGGCCUCCCGCCUCAUCCUCGCCUUCGAUGAGCACGUGCUCAGCAACCACUUCAAAUUCGGUGUCAUCUACCAAAAGCUGGGGCAGACCUCAGAAGAAGAGCUCUUCGGCACCACAGAAGAGAGCCCAGCAUUCACCGAGUUCCUUGACAUCCUGGGGCAGCGGGUGCAGCUCCGUGACUUCAAGGGGUGUGUGCAGGGUGCAGGAUAG